GUUUCUGUAUGUAUAUGAGAGAGAAACACUGCAUCCUGUUUCUCUCUGCAACCAUUUACAUACCAGAGUGGCAGAGUUUGCUGGAUAGCCACUGACGCAGGUGUGAUUUCUGUCUUCAGUCUUCAGAAAAAUUAACAGCAGAGAGAAAGAACAGCAACGAGUCCGCUGUGAUAAUGGACUUCAGGGUAGACAGAAACAGAACUCAAGUAUGUGGCAGCUAUAACAAUGUGGAGGAGUCUGAGUACGCUGUGGUGGAUGACCAGGAGGAAGUGUUCAAUGUGCACAUACAUCCUGCGAGGCCCAUACACGAUGAAAGAGAGUAUGCAGACAGGGAUCUUCCAAGAUCAUUGUCUGGACAGCGCCUUUCACUGGUUUCAACUGUCAGCAUCCAUCCUGCAUGUCUGCCCAGAGAGAUCCCACAAACAACAGGACCGGCUGUAAACAGAGACCUGAAGCCAGGCAAGCAGAAGACUAAAUUAAGUAAUGCAACUGAACAGAUGAAGUCUGAUUUUGUCAGUCAGGAUUGUAAUAACAGCCCGAAUACUCACAAGCUGCAUUUUCAGCCCUCACACAGGCACUCAACAUCCCCUUUUAUCUUGGAGUUAACCAAUCACAUUGCUGAAGUGGCCCUACAUGAACCCUACAAGAAAGAACAGCUGAGGAAAACUGAAAAAGGAAACUUCGAUUCACAUAUCAAAGGUCCACACAACACUCAAAAUGCUUCAGCUCAUCUAACCAAUCAAAGGCAUUCUUUGGAUUUGGAGACUCAUGACUUAGACAAAAGGUCACAUCAAAGUCUAGAGAGAGUGCCGUCGAGACGCCAUCACCAUGAGUGGCCUCAAACUAGAGAAGACAUAGACCAGCAUGACUUUGUUCCAAUGGAAAAGCCUCAGACCUACUGUGAGGAAGACUGGUAUGUUGGCGCUUGUAAACGUACAGAUGCUGAGCAUGCCUUACAUCUGGUAAACAAGGACGGGGCCUUUUUGGUUCGAGACUGCUCUUCCUGCACUGACAGUGAACCCUUGGUGCUGGUUGUUUAUCAUGAAAAGAAAGUUUAUAAUGUAAAAAUUCGGUUCAUUGAGAGCACCAGCAAGUAUGCACUGGGAACAGGACAACGAUCAAAUGAUAUGUUUGACUCUGUGGCAGACAUCGUCAAGUUCCACUCCAUAUUCCCAAUAAUAUUCAUCAGCGGGAGAAGUAUGCCUGGAAAAUUAUUCCCAGAAAACUGUGUUCUGACAUGUCCAAUAACAAAAAUGGAUGUUAACCGGCUACUAAAGUAACAUCUGCACCUUCCAGGAAAGAUCAUCUGAAAUUGAUUGAAAUCCAUCCAAUUCUUCCUAUACAGAAAAAGUAUGCACUAAAAGUAUGUUGAAAAAAGAAAAGAGAAAGAAUGUGUACAAAUUUUGUUUGAUAGUAAAUUUCAUUUAAUCUCCAGCUAAUGUCAGAAGAAAUUUGACAUUAGCUGUACCAGUGAUCUAAUACACAGAGAUGUAAAAUAAAUAAAUAAAUAAAUAAAUAAAUAAAACAUG